AGCGCGCCUCGUCGCCUGGGGGCUGCUCCUGGCCGCCGGGGUCCCCGCCGCGGCCGGCCGCCCCCCGCCGCAGGGGACGCCGCCGGCCGCCGGGGACCCCGGCUCCUCCUGGGGACACCGCCAGCCCGGCUCGGCCACCCUGGGGGACAUGGCAGGGGAGCUCAGCGGCGCCGGGGACCCAGACGGCGAGCGCUGGGGGGAUGCCAGCCCCCCGCGGUGGUCCCGACCGCCGUGGCCCCGGGGCACCGGUGACUCCCUGCAGGUGACGGCGACGGCGGCCACCCCGGCAAGCGCUGGCACCGGGGCCUGGAGGGACGGCAGCCCGGCCACGGUGGAGGAGCCCUUCAUCGCCGGGCGAGGACGGGAGGCCGAGGGCCGCGCCGGUGCCUGGAUGGGGACCUGGGUGCCCUCGGCAGCGCCGACAGAUGUGGCACCGGGUUCCCCGGCACCGGCCCACGGCCUGUCCCUCGCGGGGACCGCCGGCCCCCGGCCAACCGUCUCCACCAUUGCCCCACGCUCCAUGCCGGGGGCAGCGGUGGGGAUGGCCGACGUCCUGCCGGGCUCUUCCUCCGGCCCCUCGCACUCACCGCUGCCGGGGGCGGCGGAGCGGGCGGCCCCGGCCGAGAGCUGGACCCCGGGGCUCGCAGCCCACCAGCGGAGCACACGCAGGGCCCCGCCGGGCAACGCCACCGCCGGGCAUGCCGCCGCGCCGCCGGCCACACCGCCGCCCCGCGCCGCCCCGGUGCCUGCCACCGGCACGGCCACCCCCGGGAGCCCGCUUGCAGGCACGGAGCCCGAGGAGGAGCUGGGCUCGCCGCAGCGCGUCCGGGGCGCCCUGAGCCCCCCCAACGCCACCAAGGCGGCCCUGCCUGCCCCACAGCCCGCCGCAGGGACGCCCGGCCCCCAGCGCGCAGACACCACCGGGACGCGGCCGCCCGGCCCCAGCACCGCAGCCCCCUCGUCCACGUGGCGCCGGGGGCUCAUCCGGGUGACAACGCAGCGCGCCCUGCCACGUCCCGCGAUGCCCGAGCCCAGCAUGACGCCCGCAACGCCAGGGCCCAGCCCGCCGUGCCAGCCGCCCGGGGAGCCCUGCGGCGCGCCAUGGGGCAACGGCACGGGGCCGCGCUGGGCCGAGCUGCGGCGCGCGCUGAGCUUCGCCUGGGACGCCCACGUCUACGGCUCAGCCGCCCUCUUCCUGCUGCUCAGCCUGGGCUGCCUGGCCGGCUUGCUGGGCGCCCCGGCCCUGCGCCCCCCGCACCUGCCCCACAUCCUGGCCGCCCAUGGGCUGCUGCUGGCCGCCAGCGUCCUGCGGGCCACCUUCCUGCUGCUGGACCCCUACGGGACGCGGGGCCGGCUGCCGCCCCGCGCCGUGCUGCUGCUGGCCACGGCGCCCUUCCCGCUGCUGCUGGCCGCCUUCGCCGUGCUGCUGCAGCGGCUGCAGCGCCUGGCGCAGCUCCGGCUGCUGCCGCCCCGUCUGCGGAGCCUGCCGGCGCUGGGGGCCGCGGCGGCGGUGCAGAGCGGGGCGCUGGGCGCCGCCGACCUGCUCUCGCCCUGGCUGAGCCCGGCGGCGGGGCUGGCGCUGCACGCGCUGGGCUGUGCCGUGGGGGCCCUGCUGCUGCUGGCGGGGCUGCACGGGUGCUGGCGGGUGCUGCGGGCGCCCGGCGGCAGCGAGGCGCUGGGGCUGCGGCGGGGCGCCUGGGCGCUGGCGGCGGCGGCGGCGCUGGGGCUGCCCUGCUGCGGGCUGCAGCUGUACAGCGCCCUGUGGCUCUGGGGCGCCCUGGGGCCGCCGGGGCGCUUCUGCUGGCCCUGCUGGGCCGCCCAGCUGUGGCUGCGGGCCGGCGAGCUGGCCGCGGCCCUGGCCCUGCUGGCGGCCGCCGCCGAGCCGCUGUGCCGCCGCCGCGGUGCCGGGGCCGCCGGCCACUCGUGCUGGGCCAAGGCGCUGCGGUACUUCUGCGCCGCCCGCAAGGCCGCGGCGCCCGAGUACCCCAACAACUGCUACGACUGGGCCGGCGCCGGCCCCGAGCGGGCGCCCGCCAGCGACAUCAGCAAGAGCCUCAUCCGCAACGCGGCCGAGCAGCUGCCGCUGCGGGCGCUCAAGGACAGCAACGAGGCGCGGGCGGCCGCCGCGCCGGCCCCGGGACUCAGCCCCAAGUGCCCCAACGCGGCGGCGGCGGCGCGCUCCUACGCCAGCCUGUGCUUGGAGCGGGGCUCGGCCCUCUCGCUGGGCGACCUGGCUUUCCGGCCGCCGUCGCCCAUCGACCUGCGCCGCAGCAUCGACCAGGCGCUGUGCCGCCAGCACCUGCUGCGCGACGGCCUGUUCGGGCGGCCGCGGCGCGGCUCCGGCGCCUCGCUGCCUGCUGGCACCCAGCCCGGCGGCCUGGCGCGCUGCAGCUCGCUGACCGAGCUGCCGGCCCCCCGGGCACCCCCCGCCGCCGCCUCCGCCAGCUCCCUGGAGAGCAGCUCGCUGCACAUCAGCUGGAACCCCUGGCGCCACGGCCUCUCCUCGCCCGAGAGCCCGCCGCCGGACGAGGCGCCCAGCCGCGCGCCCCUGCUCGCCCGCCCGGCCCCCGCCGCCCCCCAGCCCCCCGACUCGGAGCGCGAGGCCCGCCGCAGCUUCCUGGCGCUCAGCAAGCAGGUGGACUCGCGCAGCCUCUCCAGCGACACCAUCGAGCUGUGAGCUGGACCCCCCCCCCCCACCCCACCCCCAAAAUCCCCAGCCCCGUUUUGCACAGCGCGGCCCCACGCAA